AUGGCGCACGAUUCCCGUAUAUCGCAAAAACGUGCUGUCAUCCAACAUAUUACCGAAGCCCAUGACAUGAAAGGUAAACUGUUCAAAAGGAGAACGGAAUCCUUGGCAACAAACAAUCGUUUAGUCAAAACGACCUCCCGAACAUUGUCGAGUGAACCCCAACAAGCCGUCCUGGCUAGGCUCCUAGGAUAUCUGUGUGCGCCGUUUGCUGCGCGACAGGAAACACACAUCACAGAAAGUCCCAUCAUCAGCAUAGAAGACUACACUAUCUACUGCAGUGAUGCUGAUGAGAAGAAGAAAAGAAGCUGCACGAUAACUGCGAGGAACGACUACAACAACGUGGUGGAGGAAUUUGGUUCAAUGUCGUCUAGAGACGUCUUUGUUCGACUGCAGGAUUCCAGAGGACGUAACCUCUGA